UGGUCGCCGCCAACGCAGUGAGGAACUAGGGGAGGACGGUGGCCCGCGCGGUUCGUCGCAGACAACGCGGCGGCGAUGUCCGCGAGCCAGGCGAGUGCCGCGGUGGCUGCGGCGGGGCCUCGCGCGCGGCAGGGCGGCCUGGGCUUUGGCCUCCCUCCGGUUCCUUGGAAGUGGGCAGGCAGCCAGCGCGGGAGCGAUAGCUGCAGAGGCGGAGGUGCCGGCGCGUCCUUCUCCCCCUCAGCCUGAGCCAGGGGAGGCCUGGCGGUCCGGGUGGCUGGAAGGGCUUCGCUGCCCGAGAAUGGGAAUUCUCUUCACCAGGAUAUGGAGACUGUUCAAUCACCAGGAUCCCCCAGAGUGGCACGGCUUGGUCUCUCUUCGACUCCUUUCUUCGGUCAGCAGUUGGAUUUGGACAUCAAAGAGAAAUGCUGGCGUUUUCUGGGAAAAAAGGUGUAGUUUUUGGCCUUUGCCGCACCACUGAGCGACGAAGAGGUGCAGAAUGCGGAAAACAACACAAAGUUAUCAUUGUUGGGUUGGACAAUGCAGGGAAAACUACCAUCCUUUACCAGUUCUCCAUGAAUGAAGUUGUGCAUACAUCCCCUACAAUAGGAAGUAAUGUAGAAGAGAUAGUGAUUAAUAAUACGUGUUUCCUGAUGUGGGAUAUUGGUGGCCAAGAAUCUCUUCGCUCUUCCUGGAACACUUACUAUACUAAUACAGAGUUUGUAAUAGUUGUUGUGGACAGUACAGACAGAGAGAGGAUUUCUGUAACUAGAGAAGAACUCUACAAAAUGUUAGCUCAUGAGGACCUAAGGAAAGCUGGACUGCUGAUUUUUGCUAAUAAACAAGAUGUUAAAGAAUGCAUGACUGUAGCAGAAAUCUCCCAGUUCUUGAAGCUCACUUCUAUUAAAGAUCAUCAGUGGCAUAUCCAAGCAUGCUGUGCUCUUACUGGUGAAGGAUUAUGCCAAGGGCUUGAAUGGAUGAUGUCACGACUUAAAAUUAGAUGAUCUCUGCUGAUCUCUUCUCAUGGAUUUUACCUGAAAGCUGCAAAAAUUAAUGGUUUAGAUAUAUUUAUAAUAAACUGAUUUAAACUUUUUCUAAAGAAAAAUUGAGACCACUUCUUUGAAAACAAGAAUGAAGUUUCACCUUCCAAUUUGCUUUCUCAUUAGUUCCUUCCAAAGUAUAUAUUAAAGCUGUGAUUGAUAUUUUUCUCAUAAUGAAUCCUCUCAGGACAUUUUAGAGCCUGUGGUAAGUACAAAGGGAGAGGAAGACAUUUUGAACUUUGAAAGAGCUUUAUUGUCAGUAUAACCCUCCCUAGUUGAAUGUUGUUCUCUUGUUCCAUUAAGUCAAAAUACAAAUCAGCACAUACUGUUUCCAAUAUUUUGAAAUGUAAUGUUACUUACAAAAAGUAUUUUGCUUAAGUCUGUGUAUGUAUUGUGUAUAUACCUCAAGUUCAAGUUAAUGGCUUUGAUUCAUGUUCUAAGAAAAGCAAAUAACAAAAAUUAAUAUCCUUAGUGAUUACCAUAUUGAGAUAUUUACUGGCACUGGUGUUAAAGUGCUACUUUGUACUUUUCCCCUAUGUUAUCUGUAUUGUAUUAACCAACCCCUCAAAUCAUUGAGCUGCUCUUCAGGAAAAAAAAAUGAAAAAGUUUAACAUGGUAUUUACCUAUUUUUUGUUGCUCAGUAGCACACAUGGAAACCAACUCAGUGGACUGUCAGAUUUUUGGCUUGGUAUUACUAACAGACAGAUUGCACAAUGAACAUUUACCACAUUCUUUUGUUGAUUUUAUGCCAUUUAAAUUUGCUGAAUACUUUGUUAAUCCAUUAAUCAGUUGAUCAUACAUUGUGAUUAAAACUAUCCAGUGAUUUCUUAAUGAAAACUAUUGUGUGAAGCAUGUCUUUCCAGAGAAAUAACAUUAUAAAAGUAUUACUAAACAAUUUAAAGUCUUAAAGUUUUAAAUUAUAUGUCAAGCAAUGAAAGUGAAUUUGAGAGUGUAAGGCAUGCCUUCCAAGUACCAUUGGGAAGUAACAUCUCAGUUUGCAGAGUGCUUUAUUUUAGGAGUGGAGAUGGUUUGAGAUUUUGUUUCUGUAAGUUUUUCUAUAUAUCUUCUUCCGCCACAUAGAUGCAUUGUUUCACAAUUAUAAUGUGUAAUUUUGUAAGGCUUUUGUGAAUUUGAGAAAUUGAUUGACAUGGUAUGUUAUUUAUACUAAGUGAUAAUUUGACCCAAGACACCUUUAAUAAUUUGCAUAGGAUUUUUCCGGUUUGUCUUUUACUAUCUUAAAGGUAUUCUCCCAUAAUUAUCAACAAAAUUAACCUGUGUUAAAAGAUAUUUUUGGGUACUCUAUUCAUGGAUUUUUCAUGCACUAAAAUUUUGAAAAUUAAUUCAAAAGGGCGUGUUACGGAAUAUUCAAGGAAAGAAAUAACUACUUUUGACACCAGCUUUCUAAAUUUCAGUGAAAUGUUUUAAUAAGGAAUGAUAGUACAUGCAAAGAGAGCAUUAAUGAAACUUUGAAAAUUUCUUUCUAUAAAAUAUAAAUUACUCUAUCUAAAUCCAAAUUAGACAUGACAGAUCAAUAUUAACAUUGAAGUUUUGUGUUUUACAUUCAUUUUAAUGUUCAAAUUCAGAUAAAACAUUUAAUAUUUGUCAACAUACUUUUACAGAAGUAAAUCUUUAAGUACUAUGCUUUGUUCAUAUGUUCUUGUAUUUUUUCACAUCACUGUAAGACAUAACUUGUGUAUUAAAAACCAAAUCUAUUUUGUAAUUUCUUCAGAGACAAAUACUCUGUAAAGUAGCCCUGAAAAUCUAUACAUUUUAUUGUUUUUAUGUUUUAAUUUGAAUAAUAACAUGUUUAGUGUUCUGGAUUGUUACCACAUCAGUAGCAAUUAAUUGCUAUUCAGUGUUGUACCAGCACAUUCCUUUGUUACUAGGUGUUGUCUGUAGUGUAUUCUCUUACUGGAUAUUUAAAGCAUGUACUACAUUGUUAUAGUUGGUUUAAUAUAGUUGACUAUUGACACAUCAUGAGAAUGCAUGAAAUCUUAUACUACAUUUACAAAACAUGAUUUUUUGGUUGUUUUCUACCCUUCUAGGCUAUGCAUCAAAAGUAAGAUGGUAGCUGUGUACUUGUACAUAAAACCAAGAUUACAGCUAGGGAAAAACAACAUAAGUUCAUGUAGGAAAAUACCAAAAUUAUUUUAACAGUAUUGUUUCCAAGUAAAAUACAGAGCUUAAUGAACAGUCACAUAAACAGUUUAUAUGUAAUUUAUGUGGAAUUAAAGCAAAGGAAAGUGCUUUGGGGUUUUUAAUAUACUUCUUUUGGGUCUCAUUUACCAUCAUUGUGCUCAGCUUUGAAAAUAAUAAAAGUUCAUACUUCCGUAUAUGUGGCUGGAUUUAAAUAUCCUAUUUUGAUACUAAUUUUGAGAGUCAUAUAACUUCUCUUAAUAAUUUGGUAAAAAUGAUCAUAUGCUAAAGCACUUGAAUAUACUUAAUUUUACCCCAGUAGCAUUUAUAAAGUAGAUCUUUUACAGUGUAUUGAUGGUUUUGUUUGAAAUUUUUAUUUAGUUUUAUCUUUGCAGCACAUCUUGGCCUUCAUGAUGGGGAAAAAAUGCAGGGAAGGUGAAGGAGUUGGGGCAGCAGGGCUUGGAUAUUCAUUUUCUUAUAUAACAUUUUGCCUUAAGUAUAAAAACAUACUUUAGCACUCGUGGUUGGCAAUUUUUAAUGUAGGUGGUAAAUGUGAUUUUUAGAGGUGUGGCAUAAAAUAAAGGGAAGAAAAGCUAUUUUCUGGCCUUUUAAAAGUGUGUACUAAGUAGUUAGAGAAAAUCACAAGACAAGUGUGGAGCGUUUAAGGAAAGCUAUGAGGUCCCUGAGAUCUUUACCUUUUAUUUGAGUGUGUAAUAUUAAGAUGCCUUAGAAAUGGGACUCUAAUAUCCCCGCUCUACAGGCACUUUACAAUUUUUGCUUUAACUAUAGCAACCACGUACAGUAUAGACAACCUCAUAAUCUGUUUAUAUUAGUGCAAAUAGGAAAACUGUAGACAGCUUUCUAGCUUUCUCUCCAGGCAUUUUUUUAGAAUGUGUGUGUGUGCUGUUUUACUUUGUAUAUAAGGGAUUGCGCACAUAGACUGCCUGAGAACUUUGGGGGUCUUUUGUCAACUUCCCAUUUGUAUCCUGGCAUCAGUCCCAUUUUCAAGGCUGGGUAAAAACAAGUUUCUUUAAAUGACUUGAGUUUGGCCUCUUCUACUCUUGAAAUUUUAGAGCUUCUUGCUUCAGGAUCCUUUCACAUGGCUAAGCUAUCCUUGUUCCCCCACUAUGUUUAUUCACCAUUAGUGAACUCACACUUUCUCUGUCCAGAAGAUAGGCUAAACUUACUCUUCAACCAUUAGUUUCUGCGUAGCUUCUCUAGUUACUAACUGCACCCAUCACUAACUUGAUGCACUGAUUGGGACUUAGUUCAUCAGAGGGAAUUGCCAGAAGACUAGAUUGUGGUAUAUACAGUGUACAGCUGCCGGUAGUUGAAUCCUAUAAAUGAAUACUGCGUAUAACAUUUUAAAGCUUCUUAGUUUUAACAUCAUAUUCUGAGAAGUAGGUUGAGGAUAAGAGAAAUAAUCUAAAAUCUCACAGACACUUGUGCUGUAUGCUAAUUAGUCCUAAAAUUUAAGUUAUGUGUAUUAUCAUCCGUUUACCAUAAAUAGUUGGAAAUAGCAGUUCAGUCAGUUAAAUUUGGAAAAAUAUGCCAAGUGGAAUCUGUGUAGUUUGUAACCUAAAGACUUCAUUAAUCUGUUGCCAUAUUCCAUUUUCCUCAUAUUUACUGAAAGAACAAGUCAGCAUUAGAUGUCUAAAGGAAUUAGUAAUAAAAAGCCUAUUUUUACAAAAAGCCUAUUGAAAGGGGUUUUAAAAGAUACAAUCAACUUCAUGCAUUGACUGUGUAGAUGAAAAUACAUUACAGAAUGUCUCUGAAGCUCCACUUACACGUCACUAAAACUAUAUCAAAGAUACAUAAUAAUUUUGAGACCAUGACAAUGGAGUAAUUGGAAGCUAGAAUUUAGCACUUUGAAUACAGAAACGUGACUUCAGUUUAACCUUAGAAUGGUGUGGUGGGAAUGGAAAGAAAUGUAACAGCAAUGCUUACAUAGUAUUUCUUAAAAUUGUCUGGCCUUUGCAUAUUGUUCUAAAAACUAAAGCUUAAAUUUUUAUGUUACUGCCUGCUAGAUAUGCUAUUCUUUUGGUAGAAAAUUCCCAUAGUCUGUAUUCAAGAAGUGCCUGAAAUUGAUUUGUGUUGAUUUUUAAGUCCAUCUAAUAAAUUAUAUAUGUUUUCUAUUGUA